AUGACGGCUGCGUUGGCGGGCCGAGCCACAACCGUAGAAGCCCUUCUGGAUGAGCGAGCCGACCCCGACAAGCAGAAUGACACGAAGUGCACUGCGCUGAUUCUGGCCGCCGACAUGGGGCACGUGGCCGUUGUGCAGUGCCUGCUGCGACGCAGAGCCGAUGUCCAUCUUCAGGCCGAUGACUCUACCACUGCCUUCAUAGCAGCUGCGCAGAAAUGCCAUUCGGCCGUUCUGCAUGAGCUGCUCUGUGUGCACAGUGGGGACCAGCGAGCACUGGCGGAUGCGCUCUUGCGGGCAUCCGAAGACGGUUCUGCUGAUGCUGUCGAGCUGCUUGUUCAGCUUGGCCUAGAGCUUAGUGCCAGAAGCCCCGACGGAGAUGAGUCGAUCGGUGGCCAAGCAUUACGGGUAGCUGCUCACCGGAAUCAUCGACCGGUAACUUUGGCGCUGCUAGCUUGUCGCGCAGAUGUGGAUGCUGCAUCGGCCAAUGGUUUCACUGCCCUUGCCGUCGCCUGCCAAUAUGGGGCGGCUGACGUUGUGCAAGACCUUCUGGUUCGAAGGGCGGACGUGAACGUGCAGGCUCUCAAUGGACGAACACCUCUUAUGCUGGCUGCGACUUUCGGGCACACUGCGAUUGCCCGAAGCUUACUGGAGCAUCAAGCCGCUGCGAAUGUGCGAGACGGAGACCAGAACAACUCCCUCCUUCUCGCUGCGCAGUCUGGAUACGACGACAUCCUCUUCUGCUUGCUCGCCCACCGCGCUUCCGUAAACGACGUCGGGCAGUCUGGAUGGACUGCGCUGAAUCUGGCAGCAAGUUUUGGGCAUCUGGCAGCAGUCGACCUGCUGCUGAGUUCUGGUGCAGACACCAGCCUAGCAGACGAUGACGGUGAGACUCCCGAAAUGGCAGCUCUUGCUGGUGGGCACGAGGAUGUUGCAAGACGCUUGCGGGCACUGAGUGAGCGGCGGUGCUGGAAGGAUGCCGAUCCACCUGCCAUUCAGUCCAGGGCGAGCGUGGGGGCAAAGAGCCAUCUUGGCCUGCUGACCAGUCGAGUGCGAGGAAUGGGUCAACAGUCGAAGGAGCUGCAUGGGCUAAUUGAACUCGAGUGUGAGCAAGAGGCUGCAGCGAUGGAUGCUUUGGAAGCGUCGGAGAAGCAGCAAAUGGAGGCUCUCGGCGAGAUUGCGGUUCUGGAGAGCCACACGGAGGAGGCUCAGACAGAGGAGGAGCUGCUGGAAAAGUUGGUUUACCGACAGGACCAUCGCGGAAUGGUGGGUCAUUCUCCUACGAGAUGCCACUGGGAGUGCAAGCCAGCGGUUGCAGCCAUGGGUGGCGCGCCAUCCUUGAUUCUGCCGAACUUGUGGCUAGGAGGUCAAGAUGUGCUGGACGACUUGGAUUUUUUUCGAAAGAACAACAUAACUUGUGUGCUGUCAUUGGGUCCUGCGACUCCCUCGCAGCGAAUCCGGCUGGCAGCACGCGAACACGUGAACUUGCCGGAUGUGCCAACUGCUGAUCUCAGUGUUCACUUUCCACGAAUCGUCCGCUUCAUCUCAUCAUCCCGGCACAAUGGGCACUCCGUUUAUGUCCAUUGCGCAGCAGGAAUAUCCAGGAGCUCGACAUCGAUUUGCGCAUAUCUCAUGGCCCACCUGAACAUGCCUUUCGAGCAAAUGCUGCAGUUCCUUUCUCAGCGGCGUCCGGCGGUUUGCCCCAACGACGGCUUCCAGAGGCAGCUGCGAAGGUACGAGUCCUCCAAGGAGCGGCUCCUGCUGGCACAGGAGAUGCUCAAGGUUCCAGCCUAUGCGGAGCUACAGCGACAGGACUUGGAUACGGUGUGGCAGGCCCUGAGCCAGCGCAAAGCCCGUGGUCGCUCCGUGGAGGGUGGGCGAGCGACUCCGGCAAAACAGGCGCAGGCACCAGAACAGAGGCCAGCGCGAGCUGGAAGCGGUAGCGUCCCCAUCGACCAACUGGCACGGCAAAGAGCGCUGCAGGCUGUUCAAGCUACUGCGCAGCGGCAGCCGGGCAGCGCAAUCCGAGUUGGCGAUGGGUCACAGAUUGGCGAUGUGGGGCUGGCAUGGCUAAUGCCCCGUCGACGAAGCAGCGCAAGCGCAAGCACAGCCACAUCGCUACCGCCUAGUGCAAGGCUGGGCCGGGCGAAAAGGAAGCUUGCAGCCGAGCAGGAGGCACUGGAGCAAAAGCUUCAACGAAGGAACUCAGAGUUCCAGCAGGUGCGCGAAGAACAGGAAGCCGCGAUCCCCAAUCUGGAGCACGAGCUGCAGAUUCUGGAAGCAGCCAUCCAGCCGAAGCCUCGGCUUCCACCGGCUAUCACAAGUUGUUGCUUAUGUCGACUUGACUAUCGGGCCAUCAUUGCACCGAGCAGGCGACAGCCUGAAGAGACCCAACAAGCCAGGAAGCUAGCGGAGAAGAAAGCCUGGGAGAAGAGAGUGAGCCCGGCUAUGCUGAGACUCCGUGCUGCCCAUCGUCAGCGAGCGGAGCAGCAGCGCAAAAUGACGCUGCUUGUGGCAAACUGUCGUCGCGAAAUUGAGUCCCGAGAGGCUGCGGCGAAAUGGAGCAGCGCACAGUGCUUAAAGCCCAUGGAGACCGCAUAUCAAGAGGCCUUGCAAAGGCACAGCCAGAGGCAAAAGCAAAUUCGCCAGCAUAAGACCAAGCGGCAGGUGGGCAAUGCAUUCAAAGUGCCCCUUCUCCAGCAGCGAGUAAGCAAGCCACAAGCCACGGAGGCGCACGAUGCAACUGGUCCACAAGCCGCCACCACCACCACUAAGAUCACGGCUGGAGCUCAUUCGCUGUUGCGGCGAUACAGCGUGUUUCGCUUCGAAGAGGUGCAGCAGAAAAGCAACGUUGAGCGCUGCGGAGAGCGCGACCUGCGCGUCGCCGCGGAGCAAAAUGAAAAAGCACAGGCAGCUGACAAGUUGCGAGCUAGUGUAUUCGAGCCUUCGCUUGACCUUCGCUUGCACUCCUCCGGUACCAUGGACAAUAAGGUGCACAGCCGGGAUGAAAAGAAGGAGCAGAAGCUCAUCGUGCCCAACGAGACGACAGGUGCUGCGUGCCGGCCUCGCUUCGCAUGCGUGCAGUGCGUGGCGGCAUUGCGACCCACAGAGGCGGCAAAGUCUUGCUAUGCACAGGCCAGUCUACCGUCCAGCAAGGGCUCCGCUACUAUGGAGGUGCCAGCAGAGAGGACGAUGAAGCAGUUGGAUUCUAAGUACAAGGCACCGAACGGGGCGCUGCACUUCAGCGUGGAAGCUGCGGCGAAGGACGCGGUGGAAGGGCCCCAAGAAUUCAAGAUGGACGAGGCGGUCCCGCAGGACCAGAAGAAGGCAAAGGCCAAGGUGGCGAUCUCCGAGGAUGACAUCGCCGAAAAAGCCAGGCGAAUUCGCAUGAAACACCCGGACCGUGUUCCAGUGCUCGUCAAUCAAGCAGAGGCACCAGGAUUGCCUGCCCUGGACAAGAAGCUUCUCAUUCCGAAGACCAUGACGUGCAAGGAUUUGCGCAAGAUUCUUCCGAAACAUCUGGGCUGCGGGCAUUUGGAUGUGGACUGGAGCAACGUGAUCUUUCAGCUGGCUGGUGUCGAUGUCGAGGAGCACGAGUUAGUUUCAGAUGUCUACGAUCGUUGCGUUGCUCCAGACGACGAGGGAAUCUUGCUCUCUUUGGAGCUGCGGAGCGAGGAUGUUCCACCACUGGCCGCGGGCGAUUGCAAACCUCCGGAGCUCAGCGAGAAAGCCGAGGAGGUCAGCUUCUCACCGCCUUCAGCCGAGGAGCUGCGAGUUCUGGAGCAGCAGCUCAUUCAGGUCAACGUGGCUUUCGGAGAGGCAAGAAAGGCGCAGCAGCUCGCUGCGGGAAAGUUGGCAGAAGAGGAAGAGCGCGCAUGGGCGGCGGAAGAGAGGGCACUGAAAGCCGACCAAGAACUUGCGAUGCGAUGCCAGGCGCACAAGCACGAAGUGGAGGUUUUCCAGAGCGAGAUUGCAGAGGCCAGGCAAGCUCGGGAGGCUUUGGAGUUGAAGCUGGCCAAGGGAACAGAGGAAAUCGAUGCAUUGCGGCUGCAUGUGGACUGGCUCGAAGAUGCCCUUCAGAGCGCCAAGCAGGACUCCAGCAAAAUGGCAGAGCUGCAGAAAAGCCUUAAGGAAUCGCAAGAAGCUUUGGCAGUUGAAGCCAGGAAGAGUCACGCUGCGCAGGAGAAGAUCAGCCAGCUGGAGGAACAGUUCCAAGAAGCAGCGGACGGGGAGGCGAAAGCCAUGAGAACGUACGCUGCCAAGGAGAAGGGCGCCGAGGAGAAAAUCCGCAAGCUGGAGGAAUCACUCCAUGCGGUUUCCGAGAAGCUGGUCGAAGUUGAACACGAGAAAGCACAACUAGAAAGGGAAGCCGAGAAGCAGCACCGUAAUCCGGAUGAAGCCGUAAAGAAGCUCAAGGAUACGGUACUGAUCCUGAAGGACACGCUCUCCUGCAAGGAGGAAGACAUCGCCGCCAAAAACGCACAAGUCGUGGAAACCAUGGCAUGCCUCAAGGCCGUUGAGGCGGAGAACCGACGCUUACAAGCCGAGCUGGAGGCAGCUGCGAAGGAAACGAGCAAGCUUCAGAAGGACCACGCCCUUGCCAAGGGAGAGGUCGAUGAGCUGAAGGCUAAGAUGCGGAAGAAGGACUCAGAGGACGAUUUCGUCAAACUUGGCUGGAACAGUGAUGACGAAGUGGAAGAGGUGACAGAGGACUUCGGCUUCCAGAAGGUGUACAGCGCUUCCGCCGCGUCGGCAGCACUUCUCGCUGAGAUGGUCCAGAAGCAAAUUGCACCGGACAACAAAGCCCACUCGCUGAGGAUUUCAGCGUACGCCAAUGCACGGCCGAAGCGUGUGGAGGAUGCGUGCCGAGCCUUCUCGGAGUUGCCCCGAACCCAUCAGACGGAUCUCUUGGUGCAAGCUGCCAUGAAGCGCUGCUUGGGACCCGAGGCUGCAAUCAAGCUGUUCCGACAGGUACUGUAG